AUGGCGGACGCCGCAGUUGAGCAGAAGCAGCGCAAGUCAGUCGCAUUCGAAGAAGGAUCCGUCAUCAUGGAUACCAACGGCCAAGUUCAAGACGCCCCGGCUGCUGAGAAGCCUGCUGGUAUGCAUCCGAUCUCCCACAAUCCUCAGGUCAACUCCCGCACAUUGGACUCCGGACCAGCUAACGGAGCAUACCCACAUACAGAGAACGAUGUCGACGAAGUCACCGAGAUGUUCAAGGGCCUCUCCAAAAAGAAGAAGUCCAAGAAGAGCAAGGAUUCUGAGGCCGGCGAAGGCGAAGAGACCCCUGCCGCCGACGGCGAGUUUGACCCCUCCGCGUUGAAGAAGAAGAAGAAGAAGCCCAAGAAGGAAACCACCGAUUCCGAGGCCAAGGCCGAGGCUGGCGCUGCCACAGAGGAGGGUGAGGAGAAGGCCGAGGAGCCCGUGCCUGAAGGCGACCCCGAGGCCGGCACCGGUAUCUGGCAACACGACAACACGCAAGCCGUCCCCUACUCUCUUCUCUGUCUGCGUGAGGGCAACCGUCGUACCAUUUUCGCCAACAUCGCCGACAUUUGCAAGCGCAUCAAGCGUUCCGACGAGCACGUCACCCAGUUCUUGUUCGCUGAGUUGGGUACCAGCGGUUCCGUCGACGGUAGCCGUCGCCUCGUCAUCAAGGGUCGUUUCCAACAGAAGGGUAUCGAGUCUGUCCUGCGUCGGUAUAUCGUUGAAUACGUUACCUGCAAGACCUGCCGCAGCCCCGACACCGAGCUCAACAAGGGAGAGAACCGUCUGUACUUCGUCACCUGCAACUCCUGUGGAUCUCGUCGUUCGGUCGCCGCCAUCAAGACUGGUUUCCGUGGACAGGUCGGCCGCAGAAAGCGCACUGGUUAA